AUGUUCAUUUCAAUGUUUGGUCGUAUGGCAGCUCGUGGUGCCCUUAACACCGUAAAGACACCAAUUCUUUCACAAUCUUUGAAGAGAGUUGCCGCAACUUCUCCUUCCAUGAGAUCAUUCGUUUCUACUAAGCUGAUUUUCAACCAACAAAAACAAAAUGUCUUAGAGUCCAUAAAGUCCGAACUGAAGAUUGAGAAGGAAGGGUUAAGUGAUCUGUCGGAAAGCCCCUUUAAGAAGUUUUUAGAAGACUCUGGAUUUAAUGUAGUUGAAACCCCUGGUAAGAAUGAGGCACAAAUUGUGAAAAAAUCAGAGGACGGUGAAACUGUCCAUGUCAAUUUUGACGUCGCUCAAGUAGCAAAUUUACCCUACGAUUCUGCAUUAGCGGAAAAUCUAAAAGAUGAAGUUAAUGAAGUUAAUGAAGAACCUACUGACCCCGAAGAAGAAGAUUUUGAUUCCUUGGGCGAUAACUUUGCAAAUGUCAACGUCGUUAUUACUAAAUCAGAUGACAGCGCUUUAUCUUUUGAAUUGUUACUAAAUUUACAGGAGGGUUCCUUUUAUGUCGAUAGUGUUACUCCAUUCAAGUCUUCUAAACAAGCAUUGGAUGAAUCUGCUGAAGCUGAAAUUAGCAGAGAAUUGGUUUACCAUGGGCCACCAUUCUCCAAUUUGGAUGAAGAAUUACAAGAAUCCUUAGAAAGUUACUUGGAGAGUAGAGGUAUUACUGAAGAAUUAGCUGCAUUUAUUGGAUCCUAUUCCGAAUUCAAAGAAAAUAAUGAAUAUGUUAGUUGGUUAGAAAACAUGGAUACAUUUUUCAAAAAGUAA